GGUUGUCUCAUUAAAGUAAAUGAUAAUUAGGAUUAGUGCUGUUUCGGUGAAUAAAGAUGUACUCGAAAACGCUGUGUGACCACAGUGUUGUGGAUAUGUGACUGCAGAUCAUCCAGUUAAAGACGAAUUUAAUAAAUAGCCCGAUGAAAACAUCUACAUCGACGUCAGAGGGCAACAAACCAGGAUUAAAAUGAGUGUUGCCUCAUUCAGCUGAAAGGUACCUUUGUACUUGAUGACUAAGCUCUCUGGUGCAUACACGCUACGUGAAACUCGACAGCUUUGAAAUGCUUUUGAUUGACAGAAGAACGCCUUAGAGUACCAUCGCCAUGUCUUCAGCAGCAGUCGUAAAGCCCAGGCAGGACACUGAUGAUUAUUGUGUCGCCCCCGACUCGGUCCAUCCUAGAAUUGGGAAGAUAAGUUACGAAAAUGGAGUGUUCUAUCACAACGUCGAUUUGACAGAGUUACCCAACUUCUCAGCACUGAAGGACGAGGUUGAGAAAGUCAUCGCGGAGCUCUCUUGGUGGCAGUCGUAUGGAGUCGACAGCUGCAUCCUUUUGUCUGGCGUCAUUGGCGCUGUGCUUAGUUUUUUUCUCAUGAGUUCGUCAAAUUUCCCGAUUUUCACUGCUGGAGUCAUUCUUCUCGGAUGCUGUCACUCAGUUCUGGCAAUCAAGGGAGGCCACGUUGCCGCUCACAAGGCCGUCUGCCAGUCGGCUAUGUGGAAUCGUCUGCUGGGAUUUUUCUUCUCCGAUGUAUGCGGCACCUUUCCAUCUGAUGCUAGUUACGAGAUUCACGUAAAGGGUCACCAUCCCCACACAAAUAUCAUGGGGCUGGGUGAUUCCAGCACGUUCAAGGCCCCACUACUUCCCGCCUUCCUCUACUUGUUUGUCGCCCCUCUCCUUCUCCCCAUUAUCACCCCUGUCGUCGCCGUGAUGACGCUGUGGGGAAGGUGGUUUCAGCUUUGUCGAUUUCUGGUAAUCGCCUCUUUUGGACUGUUUGCUAAUCUCUACAUGGCCAUGACUAUUGCCGGCUGCACGCUUCUCGGGUCCCUGGCCAUCACGGUUGUCAGCAGGGCCGUCCUAGCGAUACCCUAUAUCCACGUCAACAUCUUCCAGCACAUCGGGCUUCCAAUGUUUUCACCCAGACAUCGACCAAAACGCCUGUACCAGAUGUCCGUAGGCGUGCUCAACCUUUCAAGUAAUCCUAUACUGGACAUCUGCUUUGGCCACGGCAUUAUCAGCUGUCAUGUGGAGCACCACCUCUUCCCGCGACUGUCAGACCAGCAGUGUUUGCACGUCAAGCCCAUCGUCCAGCGUUUUCUCAAGGCUAACGGCCUGUCCUACCACCAAGCAUCCUACACUGACCGCCUGGGUGUCUUUCUGGCCAGGUACAGCCAGCUAAUGGUCAACGCACCCCCCAUCUCGCACUUCGUCGGUAUUCAGUAGACAGUGACUGGGUUCAGUAGACAUCUGCAGGACUUGAGGACGGCUAGCUAACGUAAAAUGUUUCCUCUUGUGUUUAUCAGGUACACCAACUUUUAGCUGUCACUUUUGUUUGUGAUAUCUUGUGGUUCGAAGCAGUUUAAAAAAAAAAAAAAAACAAGACAUUUUAGCGCAGUUCUGUUUUUAGUGGUUGUUGUCUCUCCAGCAUCAUUUAUGUGAAGCAUUGUAAGAAGCAAGGCAUGUGUGCUUGACACUUAUGACACUUUCGACACGACACUUGACACUUGUAAAACACUCUUGUCACCAAUGACAUUCUUGAAUUUAUUUGCAGCACCCACACUGUAUUGGUUAUUGCGAAAAUCUCACACUGACUUUAAUUUAGGGAGAAAUGUGAUCAAAAUAAUGUUGUUGUUGUAUUUAUUCUGAAGCAAAAUUCACUAAUUAACUGUUUAAAAAUUGUCUGAAUCGUUCUGUGACUGACAGUCUGUAAUAUUUUGAAAGAGUGAUGGAGAUGGAAAAAUGUUUGUGUGUGUAAGACAGUGAGCGGGAGAGAAGAAGAGGGUGAAAUUUAGCUUACAUUUCUAUUUAUACAUUUUAAUGCAGCUUAUGUACCUGUAGCACAAAAUAGUUUGGACAGCAUUACAUUUGGUAUUUAACUGCAAGAUUGUAAUGCCGCAGAAAUGUCCGACACUCUCGCUAAGCGCUGUUGUAAAUGUAGAUCAUGGACACUCCAAGGACACAGGCAUCAGUCGUGUAUUGGCACUUUAAUCGGACAUAUAUUGCAGUUCAUUAGCACCUGAAGUACAUAGUCUACUUUUAAAUUAUAGUCGAUUGCUUAAGCUGUGAUUCCUUUAUUUGUGUGAUAAUUAUGGCAGACAGAACUGGCACACCCUCUUGAUAGCGAUAUCAGUUGUCUGUGUGAUAACUGACUGACAGAGAGUACAGGUGACCAAUGAAUGAACUUAUUCCGCUUGUUCGACACGCAAAAGUUGUAUUUUUAUUGUGAACGCCAAUACAUUUUAACGGAAAGCAUU